UCUCCACCCGUCAGCCUAUUACCACAAGCCCCAAAAGAUAGAUAGGGAGAGAGAAAAAAAGUGAGCGUGUGUCAGAGACAGAGGGUCAGCCUGAGAUAAACAGAGAGAGAGCGAGAGAGAGACACACACACAGUUAGUUAAUUUUGGCAUGCCUGCAUACUCCACCAACAUGAGGCUGAAGUUUCCCAUCCUGGCUCUGACUCUGGAGAUUAUCACCAUCAUCCUGUUUGCUGUGUUUGUGGACUACGAUGAUGGGAAACACGGGGGGCACGGAGCCCACAACACCACACACCAUGAGGAGAAGACGGAACAGGAUCCUCUGACCCUUUAUCCCAUGUUCCAGGAUGUCCACGUUAUGAUCUUCAUUGGCUUCGGCUUCCUGAUGACCUUUCUGAAGAGAUAUGGCUUCAGCAGCGUGGGCCUCAACCUGCUCCUGGCCGCCUUCGCUCUGCAGUGGGGUCUAAUCAUGCAAGGCCUCUGGCACCUGGACGACGGCAAGAUCAAAGUCUCCAUCUUCAAGAUGAUCAACGCAGAUUUCAGCACAGCCACUGUUCUGAUCUCGUUCGGGGCAGUGCUGGGUAAAACCAGUCCCGUCCAGCUCCUCAUCAUGACCAUCCUGGAGAUCACCAUCUUCAGCAUCAACGAACAUCUGGUGGCCGAAAUCCUGGAGGCCAAUGAUGUUGGGGCCUCCAUGAUUAUCCAUGCCUUUGGGGCGUACUUCGGUCUCGCAGUGGCCCGCAUGCUGUACCGGCCAGCUCUGAGGAAUGGCCAUGAGAACGAUGGCUCUGUUUACCACUCUGACCUCUUCGCCAUGAUCGGUACCGUGUUCCUCUGGAUGUUCUGGCCCAGUUUCAACUCUGCCAUCGCUGAACCUGGCACUGAUCAGCUCAUGGCGGUGACCAACACCUACUUCUCCCUGGCUGCCUGUGUACUCUCUGCCUACGCUGUCUCCAGCCUGGUGGAGCACAAAGGGAAACUGGACAUGGUCCACAUCCAGAAUGCCACUCUGGCCGGAGGUGUUGCCGUGGGAACCUGCGCUGACAUGGACAUCGGCCCUUUUGGUGCCAUGAUCAUCGGGUUCGUGGCUGGCAUCGUCUCCACCCUGGGCUUCAAGUUCCUCACUCCAAUCCUGGCAUCCAACCUGGGCAUCCAGGACACCUGUGGUGUCCACAAUCUGCACGGCAUGCCUGGCAUCCUCGGGGGUAUCGCUGGCAUUGUGGCUGUCGCUCUGGGCAAGAAGAAUGGGAGUGCUGCCAUGCAGGGUGCAGCCCUGGCCUCAUCCCUUGGGUUCGCUUUGGUUGGAGGAACUAUUACAGGUCUGAUAAUGAAGCUUCCAUUCUGGGGACAGCCUCCAGAUCAGAACUGCUUUGAUGAUUCAAUCUAUUGGGAGGUUCCUGAGGAGGAGGAGGAGGAGGGCGAGGAGAGCCUGGCUCACGGAAACCAAAAAGCAGAGGCGUAAAGCUCCCACUCUUUGCUGCACAUUCACGACCUACAACCCUCUGAGCUAGACAUUUACAUUUACAUUUAAGUCAUUUAGCAGACGCUCUUAUCCAGAGCGACUUACAAAUGUACCUUUUAUAUUUAACUAGGCAAGUCAGUUAAGAAC